UGUACGAUCUUUUUCCGUUAACAAUUGAUUUAACGAGGUUGUUGCCAAGUGAUGUUAAACAUCAUGGCGGAUAAAUGUUCUUGAUCCGUCAUUGUUGCAAUUUUGAUAUAACUACUGAAGGCUUAUAAUUAAAAGUUUUGGCUAUUAAAGGAAAGCUCUAACAUGUCCUAUGGACAGCCUCUUACCCGCCUGAGCCUUAACGGCCAGACGGGCAAUGGCAUGGAAGGAAGUCCGAUGAAUGGGCGCCCCAAUGGGGCUUCACUGGACUCCCAGUACAAUGGUGGACCUGCUGGUCCCCUUUCUGGCCUCAAGGCUGUGGACCCUGAUAUAUUGAAGCAGCGAUUGUAUUCCUAUGCACCACAGCAGACUCCAGUCAAUCCACAUGUGCUGCGCUUCAACAGAAUUACACAGACUCAAGUCAGAAAAUCUAACAUUCCAACAGCCCCAAAACUGGAACCAGUGCCUAGUUUGCAAAAGUACCAGGAACGAAACCAGCCAGAAUACAUACAAAAGAAAAACAGAGAGAAAAUUGAAGCUGAAAAGUUGGCUAAGAUGCAGAUGGAGGUUGAUGUUUCCAAGUCUCUGAAGAGGAAGAGCAUGGUACCCCCGCCCCUGGAGCGUCCCCCAGGAGCCCCACCCUCGCCCUUACCUGACCUCCCUGAUGACCUUAAACUGGUGCAGGAAUCCAUGGGGCCUAAAGUGCCCACCCCUGCAAAACAACAGAAACCUAGCACACCCCGUGGCAAAGUGCAUGCAUCAGGCCCUGUUAUACCACAGUCCACAAAGCCUAAAGUGUUGGAGACAUAUGAAGGCCUGUGUGACACAGCCAAAAUCACAGACCUCAUCAAGGAGCAUGAGAAGAUUGGAUUCCUUUACCUGAGUCCGGCAGUCCCCAAAUCUUCAGUCAACUACCACUACUACAAUCUCAAAGUGGUUAACCACGAAAACAUCAACAAGACAGACUAUUGCACAAUCAGCCAGAAGGGAGUCACACGCAUACGCAGCGAUGAUGAGACAGAGUUUGUUACACUUGAUAGAUGGGAGCUGGAGUACAAUUACUUCAGAAAACUGAUAAAGAUUCCCACAUUUGCCCUAUUUAGAAAGUGGAAGGCUUUUAAUGUGUGGCGUGGCAAUGUAAAAUCCAAGAAGAUUGCACAUUGCAAGAAAGCACUCAAUGCCAACUUGUUCAUCGUCAACCCGUCCCUGAGGCCGGCACUGAUGAACGUGCGUGAGAUGUGUCACCGAAUAAGUGACAUGGGCCUUUGUAAGGUGGAGAAGGGUCACACCUAUACCCUGCGCGAGUUCAACGAGGCCCAGUUCAACCAGCUCAGUGAGGUGGCUGGACGCCUCAUGGAGUUCAGGGACCUCGUGAAGGAGGUUGUGCGAAGUGCCUGCAGGACAGCCCUGCUGGAGGCGGGAUUCACACCAGAUGACUACUUCUAUGAUGGAGCUGAGAGCCCAGGAGAGUUUGGUGGUGCCCCAGGGACUGCCUCUAGCUUCUUGAAUGAGAGCAAAUAUGAUGUGGACAUCUAUGGAGAGGCCCCUGAUAAAAUGACCUACACAGAGCAGGCCAACAAACGCGAGCACUGCAAGAGACUUACAUGUUUCAUCCGACUGGCUGACUACCUGAUUGUGAACACGAUGCACGUGCUGGCAGUCAACUCCGUGUCCACCCUUCUUAACUACCUGACAGAGCAGCUCCAGAACACCCCCACCCUGGCCCAGAUACAGGGGGUCGAACAGCCCGGGGAGCCCGUAAAGACAGAGGAGGAGAAGCCUUACGAGUCAGAUGAAUCCUUGGAGGAAAUUGACAGUGACAUUGAGGAGGGGGAGGAGGAUGAGGUAGCUGUGUUACCUCCCCUGUACAUCACUGAGUUUGUGCUGGAGCCGAUGCAGCUGCUCUUCUCGCCGGACAUCGAGGAGUUCCAGGAAGGCAUAGCCGAGGUCAUCAAGAGGUUCCAGGAUGCAGUGCUAAGUGUACAGAACCUCGUACCGGACACCUACUUUGAUGCCUUUACCAGGCCGAUCAUCAACAACAAGUUUGAGGACAAGACAUGUGGGGAGGGUCCCAGCCUAUCCACCAUGUUUGAUGAUGACAAACAUCUGCAGAUCAUCAUUACUUCUAUCAAGGAUGCCAUUACUGGAGCUUUCCGUGCUGCGAGCCAGUAUGCAGACACCUUUGAGCCUCACCGCGAGUUCUACAGGGAGAAUGAGAGCACAGACCUGGAGCUUGUCAAGAGUCAGGACCACGAUGUGGCAUGGUUCAGCGAGGCAUUGGAGCGUUACCACGGGCAACACAAGAUGGCAGAGCUGAUCAAGGAGAAGCGACCAAUCGGAAUGCUGCUGGUGGACGGCACUAAGAUGAAGCAGCUGAUCAUCCCGUCACCUCUCAGAUGUCUUGAUUGUGUGAACGACCUGCUGCCCAAGCUGGCCAGACGUGAGGUGGACCGGCUGAUUGCGGAGCUCCAGGACGCACAGUUCAAGCUGGAGAGCGUACCCAGCACCACCAUAGAGUUUGUCAAGUCUCUCACGUUCCUGGAUGACAUUCAAGUCAGGAUUGAGCCGCUGGAGAAGGAGUCGAUGGUGGUCAAGGACAUGUACGAGCUUAUAGACACUUUCCAUGUGCCCACACCGCUAGAGGACUUUGCUGUCUACCAGACUCUGGGUCCCAGCAUCACAAACGUGCGUAACGCCAUAGACAAGGCACUGGCAGAGAGGGAUGCCAACAUUGACAAGUUCUGCUCACACCUGGACAAGGACAUUGCAGAGCUGACCAAGGAGGUCAAAGAGGUCAAGCAGGAAGCACAGAACCCCAUCAUCCUGGAUGCUAAUGCUGACAAGGAGAAGGUGCGUACCGUCCUCAAGAAGCUGCUCUCACAGAUGGACGAGCUGCAGAAACGGGCCUUCACAUACAAGUCCUACCAGAAGAACUUCAAGGUGGAGGUGACCAAGUUUGAUGCCCUGGAGGAGGCACAUGCAGAGCUCAAGCUUAAAGACCUACUCUGGAAUGCCAUAGAUGAGUGGGACGGACUGCUGGCUGACUGGACUCAGGUUGCGUUUGAAACUCUGGAGCCUGAGUCGAUGAACGCAACCACGAUGAAGUACGCCAAGUCAGUGAUGCAGCUGGAGAAGGGGCUGCCUCCCAACGCUGUCGUGCCAAAACUGAAAGAGAAGGUUGAACUCAUGAGAGAGCGGCUACCAGUGAUCACUGACCUACGUAAUCCCUGCCUGAAGCAGCGCCACUGGGACGUGAUAGAGAAUGUUCUGGAGUACAAGUUUACCCCUGAAGACCCCCUCACCCUCGGCAAGCUGACUGACAUCAACGCAUUCAAGCAUGCCGAGACCCUGCAGGAGAUAUCGGGACAGGCCAGCUCAGAGGCCAGCUUGGAGGGCAUACUCAGAAAGGUGGAGGACUCAUGGAAGACGACAGAGUUUGUGGUGCUGCCCCACAAGGACUCCAAGGACGUGUUCAUCCUGGGAGGCACAGACGAGAUCCAACAGCUCCUUGAUGACAGCAACAUCAACAUAGCAACCAUCUCCAGCUCCCGCCAUGUCGGACCCAUCAAGUCACGCGUGGAUGAGUGGCAGAGGCAGUUGGAUCUGUUUGGAAAAACUCUGGAUGAGUGGUUGAACUGCCAGCGUGCCUGGCUGUACCUGGAGAGCAUCUUCUCUGCGCCGGACAUCCAGCGUCAGCUGCCUGCUGAGGCCAAGAUGUUCAUGCAGGUGGACAAGUCGUUCAAGGACAUAAUGAGGAAGGUCAACAAGGUGCCCUCUGCAAUACGUGCAGGCACACAACCUGGUCUCCUGGAGACGUUCCAGAACAACAAUGCUCUGCUAGACCAGAUACAGAAGUGCCUGGAGGCUUACCUAGAGUCCAAGAGAGUCAUCUUCCCCAGGUUUUACUUCCUGUCCAAUGAUGAGCUCCUGGAGAUUCUGGCUCAAACCCGCAACCCCCUGGCUGUACAGCCUCACCUCAGGAAGUGCUUUGACGCCAUCGCCAAGCUUGAGUUUGGUGUGCAGCAUGGAGACGGCAAGGCCUCGCCAGAAAGUGGUGAGCCUCAGGAGAUCCAGUACACCAACGACAUCCUAGCUAUGAUCUCACCGGAGCACGAGAAAGUCAGUCUUGGCAAGGGCCUGAAGGCUCGAGGCAAUGUUGAGGAAUGGCUGGGGAAGGUGGAGGAAGGAAUGUUCUCUAACCUGCGCAAACUCACUAAGGGGGCUAUCACAGACUACGAGCGCAGACCUCGCAGAGACUGGGUGGUGGCCCACUGUUCCCAGGUGGUGUUAACGGUGUCGCAGCUGAUUUGGUGCAGGGACGUCACAGAGAUCCUUGAGGGCGACUCUGACAGGCUGGAAGGCAUGAGGGACUUUGAACAGAAAUGCUUCAAGGACUUGAAUGAGCUUGCAGCCAUCGUGCGUGGAGAGCUGCCCUAUCUGUCGCGCGCAAUCCUGUGUGCACUCAUCACCAUUGAUGUGCAUGCCAGGGACAUGAUCACUGGCAUGGUCAAGAGCAAGUGUGACUCAGUGGAGAACUUUGAAUGGCAGAAGCAGCUACGCUACUAUUGGGACGUGGAGCUGGACAACUGUGUGGUGAAGAUGUCCAAUUCAACCUACAUCUACGGCUAUGAGUACCUGGGGGCCUCACCCAGGCUGGUCAUCACCCCACUCACCGAUCGUUGCUACCUGUGCCUGAUGGGGGCUCUACAGCUGGACCUUGGGGGUGCCCCUGCCGGGCCUGCGGGUACGGGCAAGACUGAGACCACCAAGGAUCUGGCCAAGUCCCUCGCCAAACAGUGUGUUGUCUUCAACUGCUCAGAUGGACUCGACUACAAGAUGAUGGGCCGGUUUUUCUCCGGUCUGGCCCAGUCCGGUGCCUGGUGCUGCUUUGACGAGUUCAACCGUAUCGACAUUGAGGUGCUCUCUGUCAUCGCUCAGCAGCUGAUUACUAUAAGGAACGCAAAGGCUGCAAAGCUGCAGCGGUUCAUGUUUGAAGGACGUGAGAUCAAGCUGAUCAUGAGCUGUGCAGCCUUCAUCACCAUGAACCCUGGCUACGCCGGCCGCACCGAGCUACCAGACAACCUCAAGGCUCUCUUUAGGCCCAUGUCUAUGAUGGUGCCAGACUACACCCUAAUAGCUGAGGUGAUCCUGUACUCGGAGGGGUUUGAGUCCUCGAAGGGCCUGGCCCAGAAGAUGACCCAGAUGUACAAGCUGUGCAGUGAGCAGCUCUCUCAGCAGGACCACUACGACUUUGGCAUGAGGGCCGUCAAGUCUGUGCUGGUCAUGGCCGGCGCACUCAAGAGACAGAACCCCGACAAGAAUGAGGACGUGGUGCUCAUCAGGGCACUCAGAGACUCCAACCUGCCCAAGUUCCUUGCUCAGGACGCCAUACUCUUCCAGGCCAUUCUGUCUGACCUGUUCCCGGGGGUGACAAUUCCAGAGCAUGACUACGGCAUCCUUCAAGAGGAGAUAGAGAGUGUGAUCACAGAGAGGAACCUGGUUGUCAUGAAAGCCCAGGUCAAGAAGGUCAUCCAGUUCUAUGAGACCCUGGAGGUCAGACAUGGGGUCAUGUUGGUGGGGCCCACUGGCGGUGGCAAGACUACAAUCUACCAGGUCUUAGCCCAGGUAUGUGGCAACCUGCAUGCUAAGGGAGAGAAGAAGCCAUUUUACCAGCCUGUGCACACGUACAUUCUCAACCCCAAGGCCAUCACCAUGGAGGAGCUGUAUGGGGGCGUGAAUAAGCUAACCCUGGAGUGGCAUGAUGGCCUUAUGGGCCUCACUGUCAGACACUGUGUACAGGACACAACGGCUGACCACCAGUGGGUUAUCUGUGAUGGACCAGUGGACGCGCUCUGGAUAGAGAACAUGAACACAGUGCUGGACGACAACAAGAUGUUGUGCCUGGCCAACUCAGAGAGGAUCAAGUUCACACCCUACAUCCACAUGCUGUUUGAGGUGCAGGACCUUGCAGUGGCCUCCCCUGCCACUGUCAGCAGGUGUGGCAUGGUGUACAUAGAUGCAGAUGAGCUCAAGUGGAUGCCAUACGUGAAGACAUGGAUGCACCAGUUUCAGUCACGCCUUAAGGACGAGGUGCGACAGUACCUCCUGGACCUCUUUGAGCGCUAUGUAGAGAACGGGCUGCAAUUUGUCAAAAAGAAGUGCAUACAGGUCAUCAAUCAGGUGGACGUUGCCAAGGUGGAGAUGCUUUGCAAGCUGCUGGAGUCACUGCUGUUCUGUCGGGGCGGGCCGGACUUCAGUAUGGACCCCCAGAAACUGAACAUCGUGCUGGCCACUACGUUUGUCUUCUGCUACCUGUGGAGUAUAGGAGGCAACGUUAUGGAGAGUUACUACGACCAGUUUGACUCCUUUAUGAGGAGCCAGUUUGAAGACAACGGGGACGCCAAGCUGCCCCCUGGUGGUGACCUGUGGAGCUGCUUUGUGGACUUUGAGACGAAGCGUAUGGACAUGUGGGAGAAGAUCGUGCCCUCGUUCAAGUACAACAAAGAGGUGCCCUUCUUUGAGAUGCUGGUUCCCACUGUGGACACUGUCAGGUUUGGUUACCUCCUCGAAAAACUGCUGGCUGUGAGGCACCCUGUCCUGUACACGGGAGAGACGGGAGUGGGGAAGUCCGUGAUAGCUCGUGGUCUGCUGACCAGCAUCACAGACAAGGCAGGUUAUGUGCCGUACUUCAUCAACUUCUCCGCCCAGACGUCCAGCAAGCGGACACAGGAGAUGAUUGAGAGCAAACUGGAGAAGAAGAGGAAGACUGUCCUAGGUGCCCCUCGUGACAAGCGCGUGAUCUUCUUCAUUGAUGACCUCAACAUGCCCAAGCUUGACCGCUACGGUUCCCAGCCUCCCAUAGAGCUGCUCAGGCAGUACCAGGACUUUGGAGGAUUCUACGACAGGGAGGCACUCUUCUGGAGGGAGAUACAUGAUGUGACCCUAGCAGCAGCCUGCGCGCCCCCUGGUGGCGGUCGUAACAAUGUGACACCACGUCUGAUCCGCCACUUUGCAAUGCUGACCAUCCCGUCUCCCUCGGAGCACAGCCUCAAACACAUGUUCAUGCAAAUCCUGGCGGGGUUCCUGAUGGACUUCCCAACAUCUGUUCGCCAGUGCACGGAGCCCAUAGUGGCAGCAGCUGUGGAGAUCUACGGGCGCAUGAGCACAGACCUCCUGCCCACACCCGCAAAGUCACACUAUGUGUUUAACCUUAGAGAUCUCUCCAAGUGCAUACAAGGCAUCCUGCAGGCUGACACGGGUGUGAUCCGAGACAACAAGCAGAUGUUCCGGCUGUUUUGUCAUGAGUCCAUGCGCGUGUUCCAUGACAGGCUCAUAAAUAAGGAGGACAAGGGAUUCUUCUACACCAUUCUUUCCGAGAUGGCAGGAAAACACUUUUCUGAGGAGAUCCACCCUGACUCGUUCACCACCAGCCCCAUCCUGUUUGGGGACUACAUCAAGAUGGGCACGGAGCGACAGGACCGCCUCUAUGAGGAGUUCACUGAUCACAAGAAACUGGCCGCCAUCCUGCAGGAUUAUCUGGAUGACUUCAACAUGCAGUCGUCCAAGGAGAUGAAGUUGGUGUUCUUCAUGGAUGCCAUGGAGCAUGUGUCACGUAUUGCACGCAUGAUCAGACAGGACCGCGGUAACGCACUGCUAGUCGGAGUGGGAGGCACCGGCAAACAGUCUCUCACCAGACUGAGCGCCCACAUCUGUGGGUACAGCUGCUUCCAGAUAGAGCUGAGUCGAGGCUAUGAUUACAAUGCCUUCCAUGAUGACCUUAAGAAGCUGUAUGACAUGGCUGGGGUGAAGAACCAGCACACUGUCUUCCUCUUCACGGACACGCAGAUUGUGGUUGAGGAGUUCCUAGAGGACAUCAACAACAUCCUCAACUCUGGUGAGGUGCCCAACCUGUUUGAACCGGAUGAGUAUGAGCAGCUUAUCAUUGGCUGCCGCACUGCCGCCAAGGAGGUGGGCAUCGCCGAGGGCAAUAGGGACGCCAUCUUUGACUUCUGUAUCAAUCGCGUCAGGAACAAUCUGCACACAGUGCUGUGUAUGUCGCCAGUGGGUAGUGCGUUCCGUACAAGGUGUCGUAUGUUCCCCUCCCUCGUGAACUGCUGUACCAUAGACUGGUUUACAGAGUGGCCACGUGAGGCUCUGCUCAGCGUCUCCAAGUCAUUCUUUGAGAAUGUGCAGAUUGGAACAGACGAGAUCAAGGAGAGCCUGUCAGAGAUGUGUGUGGAGAUCCACAUGAGCGUGACAGACAUGGCUGACCGCUUCUACAGGGAGCUCAAGAGGAAGUACUACACCACGCCCACCUCAUACCUGGAGCUCAUCAACCUAUACCUGUCCAUGCUUGCUGAGAAAACAAAACAACUGAAGAACGCCCGUGACCGUGUGCACAACGGACUGAUCAAGCUGCUGGAGACCAAUGAGCUGGUAGACAAGAUGAAGAAAGAGCUGGUGGCUCUUGAGCCAGAGCUCAAGAAGCGCUCGGAGGACACAAACACACUCAUGGAGAAACUGGUGGUGGACCAGGAGAAGGCAGACCAGGUGCGUAAAGUUGUGAUGGAGGACGAGGCUACUGCCAAGGUGAAGGCAGAAGAGACGCAGGCAAUAGCAGAUGAUGCUCAGCGCGACCUUGAUGAGGCCCUGCCUAUCCUUGAUGCUGCCAUUAAGGCCCUGGACUCCCUGGACAAACAAGACAUUGCUGAGAUAAAGGUGUUCAGCAAACCACCAGAGAUGGUUCAAACUGUCAUGGAGGCUGUUGCCAUUCUCCUCGGACAGAAGACUGACUGGGCCUCUGCAAAGGGCAUGUUGGCAGACAACAACUUCCUGAAGAAGCUUAUGGACUAUGACAAGGACAACAUCGGGGAAGCCACCCUCAAGAAACUGAAGAAGUACAUAGACAACCCGAAAUUCAUCCCUGAUGAAGUGGUCAAAGUAUCAAAGGCCUGCAAGUCCAUGUGCAUGUGGGUGAGGGCCAUGGAGACGUACGCACACGUGUUUAGGACUGUGGAACCCAAGAGACAGAAGCUUGCUACAGCCCAAUCUGAGCUGGACACAGUGAUGACCCUGUUAAAAGAGAAGCAGGCCAAGCUGGCCGAGGUUGAGGCCAAGAUAGCAGAGCUGCAGAAAACGUAUGACGACUCCAUGUCAGAGAAACAGAAACUGGAGAGGAACAUCGCCACCACAGCAGCCCGGUUGAAGAGGGCCGCUAAACUCACCACCGCCCUAGGAGAUGAGCAAGUCAGAUGGGGAGAAACUGUGGAGCAAUUCAAUAUUCAGAUCGGCAAUGUGGUGGGUGAUGUGUUUGUCUCUGCCGCGUGUGUGGCCUACUAUGGAGCAUUCACCAGCCUGUACCGCCAGGAGCUCGUGGUUGAAUGGACCGGCCGAUGCAAGGAGCUCAGUAUCCCAGUCACUCAAGGCAUGACGGUGGUGAACGUGUUAGCAGACAACUAUGAGAUCCGCCAGUGGAACAGUGACGGGCUGCCCAAGGACCAGGUCUCCACGGAAAACGCCAUCCUCGUGAAGCGCGGCAGACGCUGGCCUCUCAUGAUUGACCCACAGGAACAGGCCAAUCGUUGGAUACGUAACAUGGAGAACAAGAACGGUCUGAAAAUCAUCAAGCUGACAGAUGGUAACUUCCUGCGUACGCUGGAGAACUGUAUCCGUAUUGGCAUGCCAGUGCUGUGUGAGGACAUAGGCGAGAGUUUGGAUCCUGCGCUGGAACCAGUUCUUCUCAAACAGACCUUCAUGUCGGGAGGUCGGCUGCUGAUCCGUCUCGGAGACAGUGACAUUGACUAUGACAAGAACUUCAAAUUUUACAUGACCACAAAGCUGUCCAACCCUCACUACCUGCCGGAAGUGUGCAUUAAGGUGACCAUCAUCAACUUCACGGUCACCAAGUCAGGCCUGGAAGACCAGAUACUCAGUGAGGUGGUGAGCCUGGAGCGCCCGGAGUUGGAGGAGCAGCGUAACCAGCUGAUCACGAAGAUCAACGCGGACAAAAACCAGCUCAAGGCCAUCGAGGACCGCAUUCUCAAGCUGCUCUUUGAGUCUGAGGGAAACAUCUUGGACAACGAGGAGCUCAUCAACACCCUCAAUGACUCCAAAGUAACGUCAGGUCACAUCAAGCAGCGUCUAGCAGAGGCUGAGACCACAGAACAGAAGAUCAGCGCCGCGCGUGAGAAGUACCGCGUGGUGGCUACCAGAGGCUCAGUCAUGUACUUUGUGGUGGCAGACAUGGGCGGAGUGGACCCCAUGUACCAGUUCUCCCUAAAGUACUUCAAGGCACUCUUCAACAUGACAAUAGAAAACAGUGAGAAAUCUGAUGACCUUGCUACCCGCCUGCAGAUCUGCUUGCGGGAAACCACUCUGUCUAUAUACAAGAAUGUGGCAAGAGGCCUGUUUGAGAAGGACAAGCUGGUGUUCUCAUUCAUGCUGUGUGUGGAGAUCAUGAGAAACGCUGAGGAUAUCUCUGUAGCAGAGUGGAACUUCUUCCUGCGUGGAGCUGCAGUGUCAUCUGAAGGUCUGGACAAGGAGCGACCCCCCAAGCCUAGUGUCAAUUGGAUCAACCGUCUGGUGUGGAACCAGGCGUGCGACCUCAGUGAAUCUGUGCCUGCAUUCAGGGGCAUCUACAAUGACCUUACCAAGACGCCUUGCUGGGUGAAACUCGGGGAGCAUAAGAUCCAAGCCAACCCUGAGACGGAUCCGGGCUAUGGACCUGUGCCUGACCCGCCCCAGGAAGGAGAGGACAAGGACAUUGUGGAUGAUGGGCAGGUCAAGGGACACUGGGACAAGAGGCUCACCAGCUUCCAAAAACUCAUGUUCAUUAAAGUUUUCAAGGAGGAGCAGACAGUGUUUGGCAUCACAGACUUUGUGCGUGAGAACCUUGGUAACCAGUUUGUGGAGUCUCCCAACGUGGCCCUGCAGACCCUGUAUAACGACAUGACUAAGGUGUCCCCGUUGGUGUUCGUACUCAGCACAGGCUCCGACCCCAUGGGCGCAUUCCUGAGGUUUGCUAGGGAGAAGGGAUUCACAGACAAGAUACAGUCUAUCUCGCUGGGUCAAGGACAGGGUCCUGUAGCUGAGAAGAUGAUCAAGAGUGCUAUCGUCAGCGGUGACUGGAUCUUCCUUCAGAACUGCCACCUGGCUGCCUCGUGGAUGCUGUCGCUGGAGGAGCUGGUAAAGGACAUCUCCGAGAAACCAGACACGAUCCACGAUGAGUACCGUCUCUUCCUCAGCUCCAUGCCCACCAACAAGUUCCCCGUCAGUGUCCUACAGAACAGUGUCAAGGUCACCAAUGAGCCGCCCAAGGGACUCAAGGCAAACACAAGAAGGGCAUUUGCAGAGAUAACGCCCAACUUCUUUGAGGACCAUGUACUGGGUGCAGACUGGAGACGCAUUGUGUUUGGCAUCUGCUUUUUCCACGCCAUCAUUCAGGAGAGAAAGAAGUUUGGAGCCCUUGGAUGGAACAUUAAGUAUGAGUUCAAUGACAGUGACAGGGAGUGUGCCCUGCUCAACCUUCAGAUCUUCUGUCAGGAGGGCAACAUACCGUGGGAUGCCCUCGGCUACAUUACUGGAGAGAUCACAUACGGAGGUCGUGUCACUGACAACAAGGACCAGCGCUGUCUGAGGACAAUCCUUAAGAUAUUCUUUGCGGAGGAAACACUGGCAGAGGACUACAAAUAUUCACCCUCAGGCACAUACUUUGCUCCCAGCAUGCCUAAGCUAGAGGAGGUCCGCCAGUACAUCGAGGGUCUGCCGCUGAUUGAUGACCCAGAAAUCUUUGGCAUGCACACCAAUGCCAACAUCUCCUUCCAAACCCAGGAGACACAGAAGCUGAUCAACACCAUCCUGGAUGUGCAGCCGCGCAUGUCGGGCGGCUCCAGUGGCAAGUCGAAUGACGACAUCGUCUAUGAGCUGGCCGAGAGCAUCCUUGGCAAGCUGAUGGACAAGCUGGACAUUGACCUGGCCAAUCGGGAGAUGUUUGAGCCCGACGAGAAGGGCCGCCUUAACUCCCUGACCACCGUACUCACCCAGGAGGUGGAGAGGUUCAACAAGCUCCUCCAUGUCAUCAAGAAUUCCCUAAAGAACCUCCAGAAGGCAAUCAAGGGCUACGUGGUGAUGAGUGAGCAGCUGGAUGCUGUAUACAACUCGUUCCUCAACAGCCAGGUGCCCAUCAUGUGGGCAGACGCUGCCUAUCCGUCACUCAAGCCCCUGGGCUCCUGGGUGCAGGACCUCGUGUACCGGUGUGCCUUCAUUGACAGCUGGAUACAGCACGGACAGCCCAAGUCCUUCUGGAUGAGUGGCUUCUUCUUCCCACAGGGUUUCCUGACAGGCUCACUGCAGAACUACGCCAGGAAGUACAACCUGCCCAUUGACCACCUGAGCUUCAAGUACAUCGUGUACCCCUUUGUAAGGGACCAGAAGGAAGUUCACAAACAGACACAGGAGAUCAAGUUUGGAGAGGAAAUGGAGAUGGACAAAGGCCUGAAGGUGCCAGAGGAUGGUGUGCUGGUACAUGGCAUGUUCAUGGAGGCGUGUCGCUGGGACAUGAGCACCAUGACAGUGGUGGACUCGCUGGCUGGGGAGAUGAAUGCCGAGCUGCCCAUGCUACACAUGCAGCCGGAGAUGGACUUCACGCCUGACAAAGCUGAGUACGAGGCACCGCUCUACAAGACCUCCGCACGAGCUGGGACCCUCUCAACCACUGGGCACUCAACAAACUACGUGGUAGCAGUGUACCUGCCGUCCAAGUUCUCUCAGGACUACUGGAUAGCCAAGGGGGCGGCUCUGCUCUGUCAGCUGAACGAGUAACAGGAGGAAUACAGGCCGUUCUCAGCUGUAGUGUUGUACUGCUGGAAACUUUAUAAUUGUUUACUUGUGCAAAAAGAACAUUUAUGAAUUGUGAAAUAUGCUAUGCUAUGUAAAUUGUACAUUGUGCUUUUGUUAGGACCUUGUCGUGUUAUUUAUUGUUGCUGACAUUCUGGUUAGAAUUUAAUGUGGUUUGUUGUGUAGUCUGUGAUAUUGAACUGAAAUGCUUUGCAUUUGGACUGAAAUGCUGAUUUGUUGCUUCCUUAAUGAUGAUUGAAUGUUGUUAUAACUAAGUAUUGAUUGCCAUGCUGUGAUAUAUUUUAGUUGUAAGCUGAACCUAUAGACAUUCCGUCUCUUUUUGUAAUGUCAAAGAUAAAAUAAGCUCCGUCCAGUAUUGACAACUUCCAGAUUAUAUUCCUGUUGUAAGAUUGUAUUCUAUCGCCUUGGAGACAUUUUGUUUUAUAGAUUUUUGUUAUUCUUGUGAGUAAUCACUCUGUGAUGAAUAAACUCUUUACACUUA